UAGAUGAUCAAAUGUGUCUAGAUUUCUCACUCUAAUGUACAUCUUGUGAUGUUUGGUUUAAAUGUAGUCUGAACCCCCCCCCCAAAGCAUACUGAGUGGUAAUAGCUAUAUGAGGUCCUUAUUAUCCAUCCGUCAUUCUCAUUCUUAAUGAACUAGUGUAAUUAAGCAUUUACAUUUUUCUUAAUUAUGACAUGCAGAUUAUCAUUGUGUUGGUUCACAAGCAAAAGGAUUGAGGGUCUAGGAGAGAAAGAAUCUCCAUUUACUCUGAUUCAGAAGAGCUCUGGUUGGUAAACUGUAUAUAUUUAACUAUUAUAGUCCGACUAGUUCUAUGGGUAUCGAUAUACUUACGUUAACAGUUGUCUUGGUAACUUGUAUAUUAUUAUAUAGUUCAUGACUAAUGUAGGAAGGCUGUAAGGUGAAUAUCGUAGCUAGUUAUAGAUAAUUGUUGAUACCUAUUUUAACUAUUAUAGGUAGGUGACUAGUCUAAAAUUAAUUAAGUUAACUAGUCCCAACUAAGUAACUAUCGAGGUUACUAGUUAUAUAGUUCUAGAUGAAUAUACAUAUCCGUAUAUAGAGGCAUCUAGAAAACUCUUAGUAACUAUAGGUGAACUACAGGUAACUGAUCCAGGUCCGGGAAGUAAAUCUAGGUAACUAUAGGGGAACUAUAAGUUACUGCCCCUAGGUCAGGACUCAGGAGGAUACUCUAGAUAACAGUUUCUAGGUCACUAGCUGGGAAGCUACAUCUAACUGUCGCUGGGUUAGUGAACCACUAGCUAGUGAACUACAGGUUACUGACGAUAGCUCAGGAGGGGAACUAGUAAGGGAACCACGGGCGACUAGGUAAUCAAGGCUGCUUGUGUCAACCGCCAGGGGGAAGGUCCACGGGAGGAGGAGGAGUCUCGUCCAGGAGUCUCUUCCUGGUUGAACCUAACAACAGAGAUGUCGCUUUUUAAAAAGUUUGAUUAACUUUAAUCCGCUGUCGUUUAAAAUACAUAUAGUUUACAUCAUUAUAUGUACGGAACUAGUUUAUGAAGUUUCGUUGACUAGUCGAGUAAGGUUAACUUUCGACCACCGGUUGAAGAAGAGGCUGACGAGCUUCCAGUCCGACUUGUUGUCGUCUCUUCAGACCCAUGUGGUCGUGCUGCAGCUGGUUGUGUGUGGACGACGUCCCGUCGGAGGAGCCGGCGCGCAGGGGGCACUGCCAGCAGGCCUACACCAACUCUGGCUACAGCAGCCAGCCCUCGGCCAAUCAGCAGCCCCGCUGUAAGGCCUGUGGUGAUGGGUUCCACACCCUUGCCCGCAAGCAUGUGUGUGUUGACUGUAAGAAGGACUACUGCAGCAGCUGCUCCGCCGAGGCAGAUCCCAGGCCCCGCCUCUGUCACACCUGCCAGCGUUUCUACGGUAACCUGCUGGAGCCGGCUGAACUAAUGAAGCUGAAGGUGAAGGACCUCCGAGACUACCUCCACCUGCACGAAGUCCCCACCCAGCUCUGCAGAGAGAAGGAGGAGCUGGUGGAGUUGGUCUUAGGUCAGCAGACCCCGUCACCCGGUAGCACCAGCCCGCUCACGUCCAGCUUCGAGCUGCCCCCCUUCCCCCCGGACCAACACACUACACCCACACACACGGCGCCCUCAGACUCUGCACACACAACGCACACAGACGUGACGACGCACGCACACGCACACACGGAGCCCGCCCAUGCAGCAGCCCCGCCCUCGGCACACACCGCCUCUACGGAAACAUUCCCCACCGAGACGUUACCCGUCCACACGGACCCCGCAGCGGCCCCAACCCCUACAGAUACUGCACCCGGUGGGACGGCCCCCCCACAGGGGACCGACGAGGUGGAGGUGGAGGUUUCUGACUCUGAGAGCCUCACUGGGCCGCAGUUGGAGUGGUCGGACUCUGAGGAGGUGGCGGUCCCGGGGCGCAGGGCCUCCCUCUCCGACCUGUCCUCGCUGGAGGACAUCGAGCAGCUGAGCGUCCGCCAGCUCAAGGAGAUCCUGGCCCGCAACUUUGUCAACUACAAAGGAUGCUGCGAAAAGUGGGAGCUGAUGGAGAGAGUGACCCGGCUCUACCAGAACGACCUGGAGCUGCAUAACCAGGGCCUGGGGGAUUCCACUGCAGCGGGUGAGGACCUUCUGUGCAGGGUGUGCAUGGACUCUCCCAUCGACUGCGUCCUGCUGGAGUGCGGCCACAUGGUCACGUGCACUAAGUGUGGAAAGAGGAUGUCGGAGUGUCCCAUCUGUCGGCAGUAUGUGGUCCGGGCCGUGCACGUGUUCCGUUCCUGAGGCAAUAAAGAACAAGACCAGGACUUACUGUGAAGAACGGUUCAGUUUUUUUACCUAGGGACUUUUAGAGUCCGUCCCAUGUCCAAGGAAACUAGACCCAAACCUGAAGGAUCCUAAGAUAGUGUCCUUGAUAGUGGACUCCCCCCUCCUGAUUCUUACAAUGUUGAGAUUUUCUUAAGCUUUGGUCCUGAAUGACCUCAAGACACUUUGAAUUAUGUGCUGAAAGCAUACGGCAUUAACUACAAAACACAAUUAAACAAUAGUUUCUCUGUAAUAACGUCACGCCCUCUCUGGCCCAGAAGGGGCGGGUCUUAUCCUGCUGCUUGGGAAUGCAGCCAUGUUGGCUUGUGGGUGAGUAGUUCUGGGGUGUUUUUUUUUUAAAUAUAUUUCAAUUAACUCUUUCAUCUUUUAAACCAAAGAGCUCUUUAAUGCAGGGCAUUCUGUUCACAUUUAAAAUAAAAACGUUUCUAUAUUGUUUUGUCCCAUCUUAUAUUAUGUGUUUGUGACGUAUACUGCUACCGAUAGCGAUUAGCCAAGAUAACCCUGGGCCUCAAAAGGCCACUCAACCAAUCACAUGGUCUCUCCAGGUCAGGUCUCUGUCUGCAACCAAUCAAAUGGUCUGUCUAGGUCAGGUGUUUGUCUGCCACCAAUCACACUGUCUCAGGGAGGGGAGGGUCGGAUUCCUCUUUCAUUAAGAUGUAUAUCAUUUAAUAUUAUGAUGGGUUGUACCGUACGGUAUCAGUGCUAAAACGAUCCUCACGCUCUAAUGAUGACGUCUACAGUCUCUAAUGAUGUAAAUUCUUGUUGACUGACGUCUUCAACUGUAUAAUAAUCUCAUCUAGCAUCUACUGACGUCUUCCACUGUCCCUAAUGUCAUCUAUGCCCCUAAUGAGGUCAUCUACUUUUUUCUAAUGAUGUCAUCUAGUAUUUCUAAUGAUGCCAUGUACUGUCCCUAAUGAUGUCAUCUACUGCCCAUAAUGAUGACAUCUACUGUCCCUAAUGAUGCCAUCUACUGUCCCUGAUGAUGUCAUCUACUGUCCCUGAUGAUGCCGUCUACUGUCCCUGAUGAUGUCGUCUACUGUCCCUGAUGAUGUCGUCUACUGUCCCUGAUGAUGUCGUCUACUGUCCCUGAUGUCAUCUACUGUCCCUGAUGAUGUCAUCUACUGUCCCUAAUGAUGUCAUCUACUGUCCCUAAUGAUGUCAUUACUGUCCCUAAUGAUGUCAUCUCUGGUCCCUAAUAAUACAUUGUUUUUGUGUAGUGCUUUUCUCACACUCAAAGUGCUUAACAGAGGAUACAAUGAUUUACAUUUACAUUUAGGGCAAGUAGCAGACGCUUUUAUCCAAAGCGACCUACAGUAAGUACAUUUGCCAUAAGAAGUGACUACUAACAAUCGCUAGGCUAACCCAUUCCCCUUAUACAGCAGUGAUAACAGCUUCUGCAGAUGCUACACAAUUAAGUACUAUGAAUAAGUACAACGUACAAUAAGUGCCAGGACGUACAACAUACAAUGGUUGGUGGAAGGGACUGGAUGGCUAUGCAGUGUCUUGGUGAACUCUGAACAGGUGAGCUUUGAGUCUUUUGCGAAAGCUGGUGAGCGACUCUGCGAUCCUGACAUUGGCAGGGAGCUCGGUCCACCACUGAGGUCCCAAAACAGAAGAGUUGUGACUUCGCUGAUCUACCUUUUCUUGCUCUAAGCGAUGGCGGUACCAGACGUCCAGCUGAGGUAGUUGAGCGGAGGGAUCGAGCUGGGGUGUGUGGCUUGACCAAAUCAUUGAGGUAGGCAGUAGGCAAGGUUGAGUACAAGGCACGCUGCAGAGUUCUAGAUACGCUGCAAAGGUUUAAUCGUAGAGGCAGGGAGUCCAACCAGGAGCGAGUUGCAGUAGUUAAGGUGGGAGAUGACCAUCGCUUGGAAUAGCAGCUGAGCUGCUUCCCUUGUGAGGAAGGGCCGGAUUCCGCGGAUGUUGUAAAGUGCAAAUCUGCAGAAUCGGGCCACCGCGGUGAUGUUUGCUGUGCAGCACAACUGAUAGUCCAGUUCCACACGAGGUUUCUGGCAGUUGGAGAGGGAGAUAAAGUGAUGUUCUCAACAGUGACCAGUAAGUCCAUGUGUGGGCAAUCUUUCCCUGGCAUUAGGAGGAGCUCAGUCUUGUUGAGGUUAAGGCCUCAGGUGGUGGGCAGUUCUCCAAGUGCUGAUGUCUGCCAGACAUAUGCGUAGACAUGCGUAGCAGUGAUAGGAAAAGCUGUUUAAUGUAAUUACAGAGCCCAGAGAUCUGGUAUAGACGGAGAACAGAAGGGGCCCCAGUACAGAGCCUUGAGGGACACCAUUGUCAAGCGGGCAAGGUUUGGACAAGGAGCCAUUCCAUGGUACCUGAUAGCUGCGAUUCGUUGGGUAGGAUGUGAACUAGGAAAGGGCAGAUUCAGCAAUGCAAAGUUCAGGGAGAGUGGCAAGGAGGAUCUGGUGGGUCACUGUGUCAAAUGCUGCAGACAGGUCAUGGAGAAUGAGAACCGAUGAGAGGGACGAGGCUCUGGCAGCAGGGAGGGACUCACCGCGAGGAGAGCCGUCAUCUUGGAGUGUACCUUCUUGAAGCCUGACUAGUGAGGGUCAAGCAGGUUGUUAGAUGAGAGAUAGGAAGACAGAUGGUUAGCCAUGGCACGUCUCAGUGUUUUAGAGAGGAAAGAAAGAAGAGAUACCAGUCUGUAGUUCUGGAUAUC